AGCUCUAUGAAAUAUACAACGGGAGAGCGCGCUUGACGUCACACGUUUUCAGGGAAGGACGCUGUUUGAACAAUGGGAUGUGCCAGAUCGUGAGUAAAUUCAGACGGGAGCAACGGAAAUGCAAUAGUUUUAUUACUACUACUAGUGCUGGGGAUAUUUCAGGAACAUUGCAACAAUACACAACGUCUUCAUUCAGUGACCAGGGCUGCUAUUUCCCUUUUUCAUAGGUAUUUUUCCCCCUCAUCUCAAGAUACCACUGCAAUCAAGAUUUUAAACUAGAAUGGCUUGCCGCAACAUACAUGCAGCGACAGUAUUUGCAUUUCUAUUUGGAAUGGCAUCGGUAGGAGGACUCAUUGCAGCUACCCUCAUUCCUCAGUGGAGAAUUACAAGACUAAUCACUUUCAACAAAAAUGCCAAGAAUGUAACAAUCAACGAUGGAUUAUGGGUGAAGUGCGUUCGACUGGACGGAAGCACAGCCUGUCUUGUAUACGACAAGGAGUGGUAUUCUACAUUGGACCAGUUGGAUCUACGAGUUCUUCAAUUCGCCCUUCCCAUCAGCAUUUUGAUUGCUGUUUUUGCGUUGAUGUUGUGUUUUAUUGGCAUGUGUAACACAGCUUUUGGCCCAGAAGUCCCCAACUUUAAUCUUGCCAAGUGCCUCGUAAACAGUGCAGGGUGCCACCUCGUAGCUGCUUUACUGUAUCUACUGGCAGGUGCUUUGAGCAUAACACCUUCAAUCUGGGUCAUUUUUCAUACUGCCGAUCUGAGCAAGAAGUUUGGCCCUUUGUUUUCCCCUGAUAUUUCUGUUUAUUUGGCAAUUGGCAGUGCAGGAGGAAUGCUUCUCACAUCCUGUCUCUUGUUUUUGUGGUAUUGUGCUUGCAAGGCUUUGCCAUCGCCAUUCUGGCAACCGCUUUAUUCACCACCUGCCAGCGUCUAUAGUUACCCAGCUCAUUCUUACGUUUCUCCUCGUUAUUCAUCACGCUCCAGAUUGUCGACUAUUGAAAUAGACAUCCCAGUUGUCGCACAGGUCCCUUAAAAUAAUGCAGCCUUCAGCCACAGUUUAAAAAAAAAAUGGGAACAGGACUAAAGGGGAUAUCAGUGUCUGCAGAAAAAGAAUCACAACCUGGAAUCUAUCCAGCUGUAUCCCCAAAAGAAUAGUCUUCAGAAAUCAAACUUCUCACAAAUCUUUUAAAAGGGUUAUUAUUUAACAUAAGCUACUGGGUGUCAGAAUGUCGUAAGACUCAAUUAUGACUAACAGCAUUUUGACUAACUAAUUCAGGCCAUAUGUAACUUAAAAUAGUAUUAGUAGUUUACCUUGCAACAAGAAAUGACUUGUGUGUGUAUUUUAAAAUACCCUGCAUAGUACAGUAUCCUGGGACCAGUUCUAUCACAAUAGACUUAGUUAUGUAGAGUGAUUGAUUUUUUCAUGUUACUGAGACCAGUAGUUUUAUUCUGUGGACAUAUCUGUCCAACUGUUGUAUGUUUCAGUGUCAAUAACUGUAGCAAGUCAUUGAUAGUUGCUUUUGCCUUGCUCCUCCAGCCUGUUUACUAUUGAAUUUCCGUUAAUUCUGUCUCAAUUGCUUUACUGCUUAACAUUUUAAACCACAGUUUUGCUUGACAUUUAUUAACAUAGACAGUAUUUUUGUAUGGAUUCAUGGGGUGUUCAUCCUAAAAACUAAAGCUUAUAAACAUUAUGAUUCUGAAAUGUGUAAUUUAUGCCUUAGAUGUUAAAACAUGAUGCUGCAAAUAUUUGUAUAUGCAUUUAUAUUAACACUGUAAAUCUGGAUGGAAUAACAUCAGAUCAUUUUUUUUACUAUUUGCCUUUUUAAAAAAAAAAAAAAAAAAAAAAAUUAGAUUUGCAGAUAUCCAUGCCUUUUGAUUUUGUCAAUAUUUGCACUGUAAUGCACGUAUAACAGAAUACUACCUAUUUAUUGUAUCUGAAAGUGCAUUUUACUGUGUGGUGUGGUGUGAUGCGCAGUAAAUUACCUGCUGUAUUUCAUCAGUUGUAAUUAAACUCUAUUUAGUGUUGGGCAAGCAUGAAAAGAUUAUACAGCUUCAUGGAAUUCUUAAUCUCUGUAAUUCACAGCUUUCCUACAUGUAGAAAAAUAUUUACUGUAAAUAAAGGGAAUAAACAUGCAUCAAAUUAGUGCUAUGUGCCCGGCCUACAUAUACAUUAAUUGUUCUCCUUUUGUUGCAUAUUUUUAAUAAAUCUUACCCAAUUCAAA